GUUUUAAAGCGGGUCUCUGACUCGGGAGUAUGCACACCUCCUAGUUUCUCGAGGCUAUCGAAGCUAUCGAGCUUCUGCAGUCCUACAUCGUCCUUAACUCUCGGGUUCUCGAGAUCACUCACUCCGAGCCUUGUAAGUACCUCCGCGGAAUCAAAUAAACGCUGAUUGUUUAUUGCAUCGAUAUCGAUUCGAUCACCGGCGGCGAGCCGCUCUGAACGCCAAUCAGCACCAGACCCUACGAGACUCCGCUUAUGUGCCGCCUCCCGAGGCUAUGCGAACACCCCAGACCUGUCUUGGCAGGCUGUCUCAGGCUCAGGGGCGCACAGAUGUCGUUCGCCUCUGCAGUGAUAUUAGUAGGUUGCGCACCCUGCGCACCAUGCCUUGCGCUGCGUGGGGUUUCCCGCUCUUUUUUCUCUCCUUCUCUUCUCUUGCACUAGGUCAAUUGCCUUAGACUUGGGAUACGAUGCUCCAUUUUCGAGAUCACAGCGGGUUUCAUGAUCGACUCGAUGGAGCUGCGGCGACGUAUACGUAUGAGGAGAUGGUAGAGGAGAUAAGAGAUUCCUUCGCGUUCUUGUGCGUCGCAUUCAUGGGAUAUACGAUAAUGGUAUGGGACCAGAUUAUAACGUUCGGCGACGAAGUCCAGAUAGUCUGGAGGCAACGAAAAACUACGAUGACAUUCCUGUUCCUGAUUAAUCGCUAUGUUGUGCCACUGGGAUUCAUGAUAACGAUGUAUGCGUACCUAUCUCCAGGUUUCACACAUCAACAAUGUGAGCAAUUCGUGAAGUACGAAGGGUGCAUAGUCUCGCUAGGCGUGUUCGUGGCAGGGCUGAUGUUGCUCAAACGUCUUUCUGCACUGUAUCAUGACAAGAUGUCCGUUGUAUGGUUCGCUGGAGUGCUCCUCUUCGUGUGGUUUUGCCUCACUGGGUUGAGAGCGUCGCAAGGCUAUCCGGUUCCGCAUUCACCGGUGGUUCAUUCUUGUACAGAAAUCAAUCGCGACUGGCCUUCUGGCUCAGGCUCAGCGAGUCUCUGGAUCAUCGUGUCGUUCGACACGUUCGUUGUCGGAUUUAUACUUGCCAGGACACUUCCGUUCGGGCCGCACCGAGACGCAAGCACUAUCGCGCGCACGCUCGCGGUUGACGGAUUGAUGUAUUACCUCGUCGUUUUCGCGAUCAACGUCACGAGUGCUAUAUGCAUUAUGAAAGCGCCUCCCGGGAUCAAGAAUAUUUUCGGGCAGCUGCAGCUCCACCUCACAGUAACGAUGAUGUCGCGCAUCACCCUCAACCUGCCCAAGGAACACCGCCGACUAGCGGGAUGGAGCUCGCGAGGACAACCCUCGCGGUGGCAGGAUGCGUCAACGGUGCUCCCGCCCAUCCGAUUCGGCGCCUCUAGCGUGCCCACACGUACGGGGCAGGGGCACAACUCGGCGGUGGCGACUGAGCUGCAUGAUCUGCCCACGAGGCCUUCGAAUGCGUAUGAGCAGGAUAGAGAUAGAAGGAGAGGGUCACAAAGCUUGCCUGCAGGGGUGUAGGAGGGCGAGACUGGUCUAGUCUCGUCGUCUCCGAACUUCGGUAUCGGGAGACGACUGCGGUCACACACCAGGUCCCUGCAUUUCGGCCUUUGAAAAGGGGGAGUAAAGCGUGCGCUACACCAAACUCCCGGAGCACCGCCUCGUGGAGCUUUCUCCGUUCUCGUCUAUGCCUUGUGCGCCGCGAGGCUCGAUACCAUAGGAAGUGACAUUCACGACACUAUGACGAUUUAACUGUUCGGAGGAUGUCUACGAAUAUAUAAG